AUGUCGCUGCUUACGAACUUAGGUAUAUUAACCUUGUGCUAUUUGGUUUCCCAUGUCGCUUUACUCAAAUUCAUUUUCCCACUGUUGAAGGCGGAAGAGAUGCGGAGAUUCAGUUGUGCGGAUGCGAGCGUCGGUUUCCCCAGUCAAGGCGAAGAAUCAUGCAAUCCUACAACAUAUCGAAGUACAUACGACUCUCCUCUAGCAUACCAACUUCUCAUUGGGCUGAAUUUCAUUGUCGUAUGCCUUGCUUUUUCCAUUUAUUCCUUCUGUGCGAGAGAUUAUGACAUCGAAUGUGACGAAGACAAUUAUCUUCAACUUGCCCUCAAUGUUUUCAGAAAUAAAGUCAAAGGUACAGUAUAUCAUUAUGUGUAUGUAAAAUCUCUACAGUCAAGUAAUUAUCAAGUAUAAAGUCAAUUUUAUGUAGUUACAUUAAACUUUGACAAGAAGACUGAAUAUAAUAAAUGCCACUUUUUUAAUAAACGCCUCGUAUCUAGGCUUCUUUCAUACGUCGAAUUUAAUUUCAUUCAUUUCAUGAUUAGCAAUCAUGAAUUACACAGAAAUAGAAACCAGGGCCAUUACCAAGGCCAGAAACAAAUGUUAAUUAAUUCAGGAAUAAUUCGACACGAUACAAUGAAGUCAUAUGAAACGAAACGACGCGCUAUGAACGUUGUUAUUCGUCUGACUAUGACGGGUAAAACGGUUGAACGAAUUCCUUCUGUACGACGCACUAUACCGUACGUCGCAUUUAAAUUUAAACGAUGGUGCGACGUAUGAAACAGGUCCUGGCCAAAGUUAUGUUUUCACCAGUAAGAUGAUGAAGUUGUAAUAAAUUCGAAAUAUCACAAACAGUCCAGUAGUCUAGUCUCAAAUAUUCGGUUUCAAAAUUGCUAUUCAGAGUUUUGUUUACUUUAUUCUAUGAAAUCAUAUAAGCAGGAAACAAUUUACAUGUAGGUUGAAUAAUGAAAUUUCAACAUAAAAUAUCAUAAAAUAUUUCUGUAGGAAACGAUAUUAAAUGGAUAAAAAGGUCUGAAGUACACCAAAAAGUUCUAGAAGAUCUCGUGAAAAAGUUAAAAUACAAGCCACAUACAGUCAAGACAAUCGGAGUGUACAAGGUCUGUUUUGAAGACCAUUUUCGUAUUGGAUAUGGAAGCAAUGGUACAGAAGUCUUUGUUGGCCUUGGUACAGACGGUGUUGAAGUUGCAAUAAAACGCCUGAAAUCGGACUUCAGUUAUUUAGGCGAGAACGAAAAAAACAUGAUGAAUUCGCAGAGGUUGAAGGACAAUCCCAAUGUUUUGACGUACCGUUUUCACACAGAGGGUAGGCAGUAUGUUUAUCUCAUUACCAAUUUAGAAGAGGAAAGCUUGAACCAAUUCGUACGCUCGACAGCACGUAGUCUCGACGAGUUACAAAAGAAAGGUCCUACUAUUUUAAAGCAAAUCCUGUUGGGUAUUGAUGCACUUCACGAUGAAAACAUUCUACAUAGAGAUUUGAAACCACAAAACGUCCUUGUAAAUUUUGAAGGUACAAUGGUUCUUGCUGAUUUCGGUAUAUGUCGGCGCUUGCAACCUGGUCAGACAACUCACUGGAGUACAGUAAGAGGAACAGAGAGCUGGAGGGCUUUGGAGUCUCUCCCAAAUUCCGACGAUGACAGCGCAUUACCUGACGAGAUAAGAGUUCGUUACAAGAAGAAAUCUGAUGUUCAAGUUUUGGGAAUGAUAUUCUACUUCGUACUAACGAGAGGGAAGCAUCCUUUUGGAAAACAGGAGAUCUAUAGACCUGGAAACAUCAGUAAAGGUGAGUCUAACCUGAUAGAUUUGACGCACCCAGUCGCAAAAGAUCUCAUUCAAUGGAUGCUUCAGCAUAACAUAACGCAAAGAGCUACGGUCAAAGAAUGUCUAAAACAUCCUUACUUAAUGUCGCCUGAAGAGAAUUUCAAAUUUCUCACAGCUAUUGGUAAUGAAGUGGAGAUCAAAACGAAAGAUAACAACUCCAUUGUCGUUCAAAUGUUAAGUCAAGAAACCUCUCUUGCCACGCCAGCCUGGUGGGAAAAGAUUGAUGGAGACGUAUACAGUUACUUCAGCCGCUCUCGUACAUAUAUAAGCAACCCUGCAGACCUGUUGCGAUUCAUGCGUAACGUUGAGCAACACUCGAAUGACAAUGUUCUACCAUCUGCUGUUCAACUGAAGUUUGGUACACCUCACGGUUAUUUCUUGAAAGCGUUUCCAACACUCCCCAUGAUUGUGCACAAAAUUAUACGAGAACACCAGCCUGACUGGUGUCAAAGAGACACUCUAAAGCAGUUCUUUUAA